AUGACUUCGGGAAAUUCGAUAUCGGUUGGGUUGUUGUUACUGGUCUUUUCAGCAUCAGUCUACCAUACAGCGUCAAGUGCUGAAGUUUAUAGAGGACAAGAUAUAAUCGAUCGUGCUCGGAAUGUGGACUAUGGCUCAGGAAACACAUACGUAGACAAUGGAUUAACGUUAGCUACUGGUGUUUUAAAAUCAUUCCAUAUGUAUAUCAAACCAGAUUUCUCUGUGGAACAAUAUAUACGACUUCAGAUAUGGUCAAAAACAAAUCUUUUGGACACUGCCUCGGGGAAUUAUACGUUAGAGUUUGAGAAACGGGUUCUCCUCACGCCUGCCAUGGUGGGAAAUCAAACGUUUUACCUGGAAAGAGAUGAAUUCUGUAAUAUCUACGAAACUUAUGACAUGUUAGGGUGGUCGAACGAGGGCGUGGUCGAUCCGAUGCCAUUCUCGACUCUCUUCUACCCGCUCUUCUCGCACAACUAUGAAAACACCUUUCCGGAAGUUUCGAAAUCGUAUGACUUCGAUACCAGUAUCCCGCUCAUGAUGGUCCAUUCGAUUGGUGUAACUAUUUAUGAAGGACUUUUACUCGGCCAGUCUACGAAAGGCGACAAAGGAGCACGGGGCUCUAACGGAAAUGACCCCGCCAAUGGUGUGGAUGGCGCCAAAGGCGAUCAGGGUGAUAAAGGCGAUAAAGGAGACACUGGUCUCCUCGGUGAUACUGGCGUGACUGGUGUCCAAGGACAAGCUGGGGACAAGGGCGAUACUGGCGUGAGCGGAGCGAAGGGCGACACCGGAUCGGCUGGAGAGAAAGGUAGCACUGGCGCUACAGGUGUGACUGGGUCGAGGGGAGACACUGGCGUCACAGGCAGCCAGGGUGCCAAGGGUGACACUGGGUGUGCAGGGGAGAAGGGAGCAACUGGUAGUAACGGUAGCGUAGGUGAAACUGGCGUAACUGGUUCGAAGGGCAACACCGGUAGCCAAGGCGACAAGGGAGAGGCUGGAAACCUUGGUGAUACUGGCGUCACUGGAGCAAAGGGAAACACUGGCUCAAAAGGCGAGAUAGGGCAAACAGGAAGUCAAGGUGCAACCGGUGUAACUGGUGCGACUGGAACCAAGGGAGACUUUGGCGACACUGGUGUGACGGGUAGCACAGGGCAAAAGGGGGACACUGGUUCCAAGGGUGAACCUGGAGUCGAUGCUACUGAUGGUCAGAAAGGAGAAGCCGGUGGAGCUGGAAGCAAAGGAGGCAUUGGCGAUACUGGUGUAACUGGUGCCAAGGGCAGCACUGGGAGCAAAGGUAGUAAAGGCGAUAAUGGUGAUACUGGAGUCACUGGUUCCAAAGGCAAUACUGGUGUAACAGGUGUUACUGGAUCCAAAGGUGACACUGGCGGCACUGGUGAAACUGGAGUAACUGGCGCCAAAGGUGCCACAGGUAGUCAAGGAAUCACUGGAGACACUGGUGUUACUGGUGCUAAGGGAGAUCAAGGUAGCAAAGGUGAUAAGGGAGAGACGGGUUCUCAAGGCAACCAGGGUGACGCUGGUGUAACUGGUGCCAAAGGAUUGACUGGUGACACAGGAGUCACAGGAGCACAGGGCCCAACCGGACUAGCUGGAAAUACUGGGGUCACUGGAUCAAAAGGUGCAACUGGUGCUACUGGGGUGACUGGCGCAACUGGAAGUAUAGGUCAAACUGGUAACAUUGGUGACACAGGUGUUACUGGUGCAAAAGGGGACACAGGCGCAGCUGGUGUUACCGGUUCCAAAGGGUCUACUGGUGCAACUGGCGUUACUGGAGUUCAAGGGGCAACAGGUGUAACGGGAUCAAGUGGAAACAAAGGCGAUGUAGGGGCUCUUGGAGUCACUGGUAUUGAUGGUGACACUGGUGUAACUGGUGCCAAGGGCGAGAAAGGAGAAAUUGGAUCCACUGGUGUAACCGGCGCAAAAGGACAAACUGGUUCAACAGGAGUUACUGGAGCCAAAGGAACAGCUGGCCAGGUAGGAGAUACUGGAGUUACAGGCGCUAAGGGUGAAGUUGGAGCCAAGGGAAACCAAGGCGACACUGGGGUAACAGGUGCCACAGGAGGGAAGGGUGAAGUUGGUGCGACUGGGGUAACUGGAGCCAAGGGUGGCACUGGAGCGACUGGAGUAACUGGUUCAAAAGGCUCAACCGGUAGCAUAGGCGAUACUGGAGUUACUGGCGCAACGGGUCAAGUCGGUGAGAAAGGUUCUACUGGAGAUACUGGCGUCACAGGUAGCCAAGGAGAUAAAGGUGAUACUGGUGAUACUGGCGUUACCGGUAGCAAAGGAGAUACUGGUGUCACUGGAGCCACUGGGAGCAAGGGAGAAGUCGGCGACACUGGUGUGACUGGUUCAACGGGAAACAAAGGUGAAGUUGGCGACACUGGUGUUACUGGCGCAAAGGGAGUAGGAGGCGACACAGGCGUCACUGGAAGCACUGGAGAAAAGGGUGAGACGGGCAAUGUUGGAGACACUGGCGUUACUGGUUCAAAAGGCCAAACAGGAGCCGUUGGUGUUACCGGUGCGAAGGGUGAGGUUGGUAAUACCGGUGUCACUGGAGCAAAGGGUGCAACUGGCCAGAAAGGUGACAUUGGCGUGACAGGAGCAAUGGGUAAUACUGGUGUUACUGGAGCAACGGGUGCCACAGGUGUGACUGGCAAUAAAGGAGACACUGGAGUGACAGGUUCCAAAGGUGACCAAGGCGCGAAAGGCGAUGGUGGUGCCACUGGCGUAACUGGAGCCAAGGGAGGCAGCGGUACUCAAGGCGAUACUGGCGUGACUGGAUCCAAGGGAUCAACCGGAGAUACAGGCGUGACUGGGGCAACUGGCGUGACUGGCGCAACGGGACAGAAAGGCACAACGGGAGAUGUUGGCGUUACUGGAGUUGAUGGUAAUACUGGCGUCACCGGAGCUAAGGGAGAAAAGGGAGAAAUUGGAGCUACUGGUGUAACCGGUUCAAAGGGGGCUACUGGUAGCACAGGUAGCACUGGUGUCACUGGAGCUAAAGGAACAACUGGUACAACUGGUGUCACUGGUUCCAAGGGAGACCAGGGUCUGGAGGGCAGUGCUGGAAACACAGGAGUCACUGGUGCCAAGGGCGAGACCGGGGCUGUAGGUGUUACAGGAGCAAAAGGUGAAGUUGGUACCACUGGAGUAACUGGAGCCAAGGGUUCAACUGGUCAACAAGGUGACAUUGGCGUGACAGGAGCGAAGGGUAACACCGGUGUAACUGGAGCUAAGGGUGUCGUUGGCGACACUGGAGUCACUGGUGAUACAGGUGUGACUGGAUCCAAGGGAGAGACGGGUUCCAAGGGUGAUACAGGUGUAACUGGAGACACUGGUGUUACUGGAGCCAAGGGUGGACUUGGAGCCACCGGCGUUACUGGCGCCAAAGGAGAUAAUGGUCAGAAGGGUCAAGGUGGGUCGACUGGUGUUACUGGUUCGAAAGGCGCAACGGGAGCUGUAGGUGUAACGGGAUCAAAAGGAGAAGUUGGUAACACUGGUGUCACUGGAGCAAAGGGUGCAACUGGCCAGAAAGGUGACAUUGGCGUUACAGGGGCAAAGGGUAAUACUGGCGUUACUGGAGCAGUGGGUGCCACUGGCGUCACUGGUGCUAAAGGAGACACUGGAAUAACAGGUUCCAAAGGUGACCAAGGCACGAAAGGCGAUGGUGGUUCUACUGGUGUUACAGGAGCCAAAGGAAAUACCGGCAUCAAGGGUGAUACUGGAGUCACAGGAUCAAAGGGAUCAACCGGAUUUACAGGCGUGACUGGAGCAACUGGCGUGACUGGUGCAACGGGACAGAAAGGCGCAGCGGGUGAUGCAGGCAUUACCGGAGUUGAUGGUGGCACUGGUGUUACUGGCGCCACGGGAGAAAAAGGAGAACUUGGAUCCACUGGUGUGACAGGUUCGAAGGGAGCUACUGGUAGCACUGGGACUACUGGUGUCACUGGAGCUAAAGGAGCAACUGGUUAG